AUGUGCCAGUUACCACAAGUUAACGAAAAAUGGAGUGCAGAAUUACAGACCCUCGAGGGCCAUACGGGCUGCGUUCAGUCGGUGGUCUUCUCGCCCGACGGCCGGCUGCUGGCGUCCGGCUCUGGGGAUCACACAGUGCGGCUCUGGGACACGGCGACGGGCGGCCUACAGCAGACCCUCGAGGGCCAUACGCACUCGGUUUGGUCGGUGGCCUUCUCGCCCGACGGCCGGCUGCUGGCGUCCGGCUCCGACGAUCGGACAGUGCGGCUCUGGGACACGGCGACGGGUGGCCUACAGCAGACCCUCGAGGGCCAUACGCACUGGGUUCGGUCGGUGGCCUUCUCGCCCGACGGCCGGCUGCUGGCGUCCGGCUCCGACGAUCGGACAGUGCGACUCUGGGACCCGGCGACAGGGGCGCUACACCAGACUCUCGAGGGCCAUUCGGCCGCGGUUUGGUCGGUCGCCUUCUCGCACGACGGCCGGUUGCUAGCGUCUGGCUCUAACGAUAUCACUGUGCGGCUCUGGGACCCGGCGACAGGAGCGCUGCACCAGACUCUCGAGGGCCACUGGAGUGGGGUUUGGUCGGUGGCCUUCUCGCCCGACGGCCGGCUACUGGCGUCUGGCUCCAACGACUACACAGUCCGGCUCUGGGACCUGACGACGGGGGCGCUGCACCAAACUCUCAAGGGCUACUCGGUGGCAUUCUCGCCCGACGGCCGGCUGCUGGCGUCUGACUCCCACGAUAUGACCGUGCGGCUCUGGGACCCGGCGACAGGGGCGCUGCACCAGACUCUCGAGGGCCACUUGGGUGGGGUUUGGUCGGUAGCCUUUUCGCCCGAUAGCCAACUGCUGGCGUCUGGCUCCGACGAUAUGACCGUGCGGCUCUGGGACCUGUCGACAGGGGCACUGCAGUGGACUCCCGAGAGCCAUUCGGCUGCGGUAUGGUCGGUGGCCUUCUCGCCCGACGGCCGGCUGCUGGCAUCUGGCUCUAGUGAUAACACCGUGCGGCUCUGGGAUCCAGCGAUAGGAGCGCUGAACCAGACUCUCGAGGGCAAUUCGGUGGCCUUCUCGCCUGACGGCCAUCUUCUGGCGUCUGGCUCCCAUGAUAUGACCGUGCGGCUCUGGGACCCGGCGACAGAGGCACUGCAGUGGACUCCCGAGAGCCAUUCGGCUGCGGUAUGGUCGGUGGCCUUCUCGCCCGACGGCCGGCUGCUGGCGUCUGGCUCCAGUGAUAGCACCGUGCGGCUCUGGGACCCGGCGACAGGGGCGCUGCACCAGACUCUCAAGGCCCAUGCGGCUCCGGUUUGGUCGGUGGCCUUCUCGCCCGGUUCAUAUCUAUGGGGAAACGCGGGCCACCAUGGUGUGCUCUCCAUAGAGCAGGAGCAGUGGAUAAGAUUAAACGGCGAAAAGGUACUAUGGCUUCCUGCAGAGUAUCGGCCUUUGUGUUCUGCGGUUAAUCGAGGUACGCUUGCCUUAGGACACGCAUCGGGGCGCGUUUCCUUCAUAGGAUUUCAUCUAUAG